AUGAGAGUGUUGUUAAACUUAAUAGUAGUGGCCUCACUGCUGGGUACUUCGUGGUGUGGCCUGAUUUUACACAACAUACGUGAUGGUCUACAUUCCAAACUCUAUGGUCAUGGUCUCAAUGGCCAGGGCAAUCCAAAUUCUCCCAUUAUCAAUAUAAACAAUCAACAACAAGUGGUACAGCAGCAGUCAGCGGUCAUGCCAGCAAGUCAUCAUGCACCCUCAGGUCCACGUGGCGAUUAUGGUUCUCUGCCACUUGAUCAUAAUGCCUAUGGCUCUAGUAUGGAUUCAAAUUUCAAAGCUGGUGGCUCAAAGUAUGGCCUAACUCCUUAUGGUCAUCAUGGAGAUUCAUCAUAUUAUGGCACACAUCAUCAUAUGGGUGGCGGUUUUCGAGGUGAAAUGGCCAGUGGCAUUUCAUCUCAUCAAAUGAUGAAGCAGGAAAGUUAUAAGCGUCCUGAUGGUCCCAAGUUCGGUUAUCAUCAUGACAACAAUAUGUUUGGCAAUGCUCAGGGUUUGAGUGCCAACAAUAAUGAUGUGCCCUUAUAUCCAUCCACCUCCUCCUCCUCAUCAAGUUCAUCGGCAUCAUCCGCGUCAGCAUCAUCAUCAUUGGGUACGGCAUCUUCAUCAUCUGCUAGCAGCAGUAGCAGUGCCAGUAGUUCAAGUUCUGGAGGAGUUGCUGGCGGUUUCAGACCAAGAAGUCGUCGUUAUUAA